AUUCACUCCAUUUUGCCCUCUAAUUUCUAGCUUAGUGUCCCAAUUUCACCAAAAACCAUUUCACUUUUCAGCCUUUCUAAGUCUUCAUGCACCGAAUAACGUAAAAACACCGCUCCUUACCAAGGUACAAACUCCUCUCUUCCAUCUCUCACAGAUUUCCUCCCAAAAUCUCUCCUCUCCUCUGUCUACGAAAUCAGUAUUCCUCAUCUCAGCGGACAAAAGACUUCCAGCAAUCGGAUUCACGGCCAUGUCGAUAAAAACGAACCGUUUCAAUCCUCAAAUUACAGCACUAACCAUAUUCUUUGUAGUCGCCACUGUUGCAUAUCCCAUCAGCAGCUUGGAAUCAAGGAAGCUUGACGAGAGCAUUGCGCCAGGAGAUCCAGGCGUCAAGUGUAACCCAUCAUGUAUACCAAGUCCUCCACCACCGUCGCCUCCUCCGCCAUCGCCUCCGCCGCCAUGUCCACCACCACCGGAGCUGCCGCCACCUACACCAAAAAAGCCGCCAACCAAGUACUGUCCACCGCCACCUAGUCCGCCAUCCUUUAUAUACAUAACUGGUCCACCAGGGAGCCUAUACCCUGUUGACCAAGAUUUUGGUGGUGCAAGCCGGAAUUUGGAAGUGGGGUUAUUGGGUUUGGUUUGUGGAUUCUUGAUCCUUGUUGCUUUUUGAAUGGGAUACGGAUUUGGAAAUGGAGGGUCCUAGGAUCUUGUGCGAUAAUUGGAUAUAGUAAGUACAAAGUUACUUUUUCUUCUUUUAAUUUUAGGACAAGAAAAUUUGUUUUUGUCCAAAGAAAAACUUGUUAGGACCUACUAGUUUUUGUACUUGCUGUAUCUCCAUAUUGUUCAUCAAUAAUAGCAAUUUUAAUGAUUUUCCCUUA